CUCGCGCUCUCUCCCUCUCUCCCUCUCUCUCUCUCUCUCCCUCUCUCUCUCCCGCUCGCUCUCUCUCUCUCUCUCUCUCUCUCUCUCUCUUUCCUUCUCUGUCUCCCACUCACUCUCCUUCCUGCUCGCAGGCUGUUCAGAGUCCGUGUGGAGUACGUGGAAACCAAUAGGAUGAGGGUUCCGUAAUAGAUGCAAAUGAUCCAGAAAAGACACUGCGAAAUAUGAACAAACUCAUUUGCUCCGAAGUAAAUCACGGAAAACUGUUUAUGAACUGGCACCUCUCCUUGGAAAUGUAAAGCGAGAACUUUUUUUAAGUGCCGAUAUAUACAUAUAUAUUUUUAGGGGGGGGUUAAAGAAGAAGGAGGAAAAAAAAGAAGAAAAAGGAGAAGAGAGAGAAACAGAGACACACACAUACAGAGAGGAAUAAUAAUAACAACAGUCACAAACAACAACAACAGCAACAAUUUUAAAAAAGAGGAAUCCGAUACCAUGUUCACUGGAAAAGAGUUUUGACUCCAUCCUCGGGAUUUUUUUAAAAAAAACCUAUGUAUAUCUGUACAUAUUCCUGGAAAUCACAAAGACUCGUGGGUUGGCGUCUCUUCGCUAUCUUCUAACAUCCUGUGGCUUUUGGUCUCCCCUCACUCUGGUCCUAGACCGAGACCUAUUUAAAAUAAGCUAUUUAUAUGACAAUGAGCUCCUAUUUUGUCAACUCCCUCUUCUCCAAGUACAAAACCGGGGACUCCCUGCGCCCCAACUUCUACGACUGUGGGUUCGCCCAGGAGCUCGGAGGGAGACCGACGGUGGUGUACGGGCCGAGCACGGGGGGCACCUUCCAGCACCCCACCCAGAUCCAGGAGUUCUACCACGGGGCGUCCUCUCUCUCCAGCUCCCCUUACCAACAGAACCCCUGCGCCGUAGCCUGCCACGGGGACCCCGGCAACUUCUACGGCUACGACCCGUUGCAAAGACAAAGCCUCUUCAGCGCUCAGGAAUCCGACCUGGUGCAGUAUCCGGAUUGCAAGCUAGCCUCCGCCGGCCUGGGAGAGGACGCGGACAAUUCGGAACAGAGCCCGUCUCCCACGCAGCUCUUUCCCUGGAUGAGACCGCAAGCAGCGGCUGGACGGAGGAGAGGCCGGCAGACCUACAGCCGCUACCAGACCUUGGAGCUGGAGAAGGAAUUCCUUUUUAAUCCUUACCUGACCCGCAAACGGAGAAUCGAAGUCUCGCACGCCCUGGGACUGACCGAAAGGCAAGUGAAAAUCUGGUUUCAGAACAGGAGAAUGAAGUGGAAAAAGGAGAACAACAAAGAUAAGUUCCCCAGCAGCAAAUGUGAGCAAGAAGAAUUGGAGAAACAGAAAAUCGAAAGGGCGCAGGAGGUGGAAGAGGGCGGAGAAGCACAGACGGGGGACAAAAAAUAGGCGCUGGAAGACUGGACAGGCAAGCCUCAGAAAGCCGCCCCCCCCCCGUCUUUCCAUUAAUUCCAGUUAACGUGAGCGGUGGUUCCGAUGGGGGGAGGAUAAAUACUGCUUGGGGAGGGGGAUCUCGCCUUUUAUUGCUGUAAAACAAUAUCGCUGUGAGCGUCUUCUUCUCCUGGUUGUCCUUUGAUACCUACAAUGAACUAUAUAUUUAAAAAAAAAAACCGAGACAUCAUGGGGUCUUUUUAGCCUUGUUGUUUGUUAUUUUUCAUCUUCUGGCCAGUUAAGAAUUAGUAAUAGUGUAAUGCAAUAGCUUCUGUUAACCAUGGCUGUGAAAAAUCUCCCUCCCUCCCUCUCUCAUUCUCUUUUUUCUCCACCUUCCCUUCUUCGCUUCCCCUUUUCUUAUUUGAGAUCAGUGCUAUGGAAAUGAUGUACAAAAUAUAUACAGUAUUGCACUUUUGAAGACUUUCUUCCUUACUCCUUCCAUUUUUCUUUCUUCUCGUCCAUCCUCAACCCCCUCCUCUCUUUCAUUCCCAGUCUCUCUUUGCGUUUUUCUCGUGUUGUGGUUAAACUUCUCUUCUGCAGGUAGCUCUGAAAAUAUACCCAACAACAUGAAACUGCCUAUUUAUGCUGUAGUUGUCUUCCUUUUUGACUGUCAGACCCUCUUUCCUUUCGGGUUCCCAUUUUGCUUUAUUUAUCUGUUCUCUUUU